AUUGUAAUGGUUAUGGUAAAGUUGGGCCGGAGUUCACUCCAAGUGACAAUAGGGCAUUACAAAAUCCAAACAACAGAACAGGUGAUAUGCACUUGCUAGAAAAUUAAAUAAAGCUAAGGAGAAAUAUUGAGAAGCAGGAAGAAGCAAGUUAUGGCGACGAAGCAGCUUCCGCAGAUCGCCAUUCUGGGAGCUGGUAUCUUUGUGAAGACUCAGUACCUUCCGAGACUCUCCGAGAUCUCUCAUCUUUUCAUUCUGAAAUCCAUUUGGAGCCGCACUCAGGAAUCAGCUACAGCUGCCGUAGACAUAGCUCGUAAGCAUUUUCCCCAAGUAGAGACUAAGUGGGGAGAUAACGGUUUUGAUGACAUCAUUCACGAUGGAUCAAUCGAUGCUGUUGCCGUGGUCUUGGCUGGACAAAAUCAGGUUGACAUCUCACUCAGGUUGCUAAAGGCUGGUAAACAUGUCCUUCAAGAAAAACCUGCAGCAUCCUGUACAAGUGAAUUGGAAGCUGCAUUGUCUAGCUACAAAUCUAUUUCUUCUGAUGCUCCCGGUCAAUUAAUUUGGUCUGUGGCUGAAAAUUAUCGAUUUGAGCCUGGCUUAGUAGAGUGCAAGAAACUAAUUGCUGGCAUUGGGAAAAUGAUGAGUGUCCAAGUCAUUAUUGAAGGAUCAAUGAACAGUUCAAACCCCUAUUUUUCAAGCUCUUGGAGGCGCAAUUUCACUGGAGGUUUCAUUCUUGAUAUGGGUGUGCAUUUCAUUGCAGGGUUAAGAAUGCUUGUUGGGUGUGAGAUUGUUUCAGUUUCAGCUAUGACAUCUCAUGUGGAUUUGACCUUACCUCCCCCAGAUAAUAUAUCAUCUGUCUUUCAUUUGGAGAAUGGAUGUUCAGGAGUGUUUGUAAUGGUUGUCUCCUCCAGAUCCCCCAAGACCUUGUGGCGAGUUGUUGGCUUGAAUGGAACCCUGCAAGUUGAGCGUGGAUUCCAAGGACAACAUGGUUACCUGGUUUCAUUUUAUGGUACCGAUGGACAAAACAAAAGCUCUUUUUUCCCAUUCAGUGGAGUAACUGAAGAAUUAAAAGCUUUUAUUAAUGAUGUAUCUGAAAUCACCCUCAAGAAGCGGAAUCAGUUUGUGACUGAGCCUCGCCUCUCUUAUGUCGAAGGUGCAAGAGAUGUUGCUGUGUUAGAGGCAAUGCUUGAAUCUGGAGCUAGGCAAGGUGAGUUAGUUCGUCUGAAAAAGUUUUGAGGCAAUAAUGGAAUUGGUCACCUAGUUCAAUGUCUGCGGAUAUUUACUCUGUAUUGUUCUUGAACAUUGAGGUAAGCAAGGCAGUUAAGUAUUAGAUGAAUAAGGUGGUGUUUAAAUAAUUGCUCUGAUCAAUGUCAUUGGAUGAAGUUGUAGGAUUUGCAUAAUAUAUCAUGCAUAUAUUAAUACUGUGAGAAACUUGGUGCUCUCAUAUUUCGUUUUGUACAUAUGCUCUCGGGCACUUACGAAUUUCUUUAAUUUUGGUGCACUUCGUGGACUGGA